CGAAGCCAACCGUCCCAGUCUGGGCCCCACCGGCGAGAGCCCGUCGGCGUCAAACCAGGACCCGAUAAAUAGCCGCGCCGGGCGGGGAGAGGUGGUGCUCCUCACCGGCCUCGGCGUCGUCGCCUCGCACCGCACCCACCGGUCCACCACCCACCUAUUCUUCUUGUCUCUCUCCCCCCUCGCAAAUCGGAGGCCAAGUACACUGCCCACCCAAGUACCCAACCAAGUCAGGAGCAGAACAAGUAGUACGGGCUGUGUUUUCUGCGACGGCGAGCCAAGAGCAGAACAAGUAGUACGGGCGUGUUCUCUGCGACAGCGAGCGGACCAGAUCGGCGGCGCCAUGUCGCACGACGAGCUCGCCGACAAGGAGCCGUCGUCCUCCGAGGAGUUUCAGCUCGCGCCGACGGGUUCCAAGUUCCGGAGCCUCAGCCCUGCACCGAUUCCGAUCCCAGCUUCUCCGGGCAUCAGAUCAUUGGUCGACUCGGUCUCUGAUGAGACAGUAAAUGUAGAUGUCAUGGCCUCACAUCAAAGUGAAAAUGGAUCAAUCUCUACAGCUAGUUCUACCGUUAGUUUACUGGAAUCAGAGAAGGCAGCAUAUGAAUUUCUUGCUCAAACUCCUGUCAGAUCAACCGAUGCACAUCUUAUUGAGUUUUCAGAGGCCUUGAGAACUGUCGCAAAAGCCUUACGACAAGUGGCUGAAGGGAAGGCUGCUGCUCAAGCAGAGGCAGCAGAGUGGAAACGUAAGUAUGAAUUAGAGACAGCGCAGAAGCAGCAAAGUAAAAUCAGAGGCUACAGCAGUUGUAUCAGUAAUAACUUGGACAAACUGGCCAGCCAACUAACCCUGGAGACACCUGCACCUGAUCAAUUAGGCUGUUGUGGUAAGCAUGGUAUAUGUGCACACCAGGUUCUCCAGGAUGAAGUUCCUGGACCUAUCCCAAGAUCUAAUCACAAGGUGGGAGGGAGAAAGGCACCAUUUAAACUUUCAUGGGGAUGUAACGGGGAUAAAAAUGGCCAGCAUAAGCAUGAUUUUGUGUCCUUCGAAAAAGGUGAUAUAACAACAGCAGAACGGAGCAAUAAGCAGAUCUUACUGAAAUGGGAAUCACCACCACAAACAGUGCUUUUCAUAACCAAACCGAAUUCCAGCUCUGUGCGUGUUCUUUGUGCUGAAAUGGUCAGAUGGCUUAGAGAGUAUAAAAAUGUAAACAUCUUUGUUGAUCCACGUGUUAGCAAGGAACUUCUAACAGAGGAUUCCUACUACAACUUCGUCCAAACGUGGGAUAAUGAUGAUGAUAUAAAGAUGCUGCACACGAAGGUCGAUCUAAUUGUAACUCUGGGCGGUGAUGGAACUGUUCUGUGGGCUGCAUCAUUGUUCAAAGGACCAGUUCCUCCAGUUGUCGCAUUCGCCCUUGGAUCACUGGGCUUCAUGACACCCUUCCCGAGCGAGCACUACCGUGAGUUGUUGGACAACGUGCUGAAUGGGCCAUUUAGCAUCACGCUGAGAAAUCGCAUACAGUGUCAUGUAAUACGAGACGCGGCGAAGGAUGAAAUCGUGACCGAGGAGCCGUUCUUAGUGCUAAAUGAAGUUACGAUCGACCGAGGGAUAUCGUCUUACCUUACCAACCUGGAAGUCUACUGCGACAGCUCUUUUGUUACUUGUGUGCAAGGAGACGGACUGAUCAUAUCAACCACAUCUGGAAGUACGGCAUAUUCCCUAGCAGCUGGAGGGUCCAUGGUCCAUCCUCAGGUCCCUGGGAUCCUUUUCACCCCAAUCUGCCCGCAUUCCUUGUCGUUCAGACCUUUGAUCCUGCCCGAGUACGUGACUCUCCGCGUCCAGGUGCCGUACAACAGCAGGGGGCACGCCUGGGCGUCCUUCGACGGCAAGGACCGGAAGCAGCUGUCACCCGGUGACGCCCUGAUCUGCAGCAUUUCUCCCUGGCCCGUGCCCACAGCCUGCCUAGUGGAUUCGACCACCGACUUCUUCCGCAGCAUCCAUGAGGGUCUCCACUGGAACUUGAGGAAAUCCCAGUCGUUUGACGGCCCGCGUGAUUGAUUCAACAGUUUCUUUACCGUUCCAUACUUAUAUACAAAGGUUGCGUGCGUUUAGAUGUGAGGUAGUAUAGACGUAUAGUUGAGAAUCCAAAUAUAUAGCCAUGACCAUGCGUGUGUGUACAUGAUUCUGUGCUUCAGUGCUCCCCAGAUCUGAAUGGAAUAAUUGGCGAGCCAUACACGUAUGACGAGAUGGCAGCUUGCAGUCGUGCGAUCUGGGCACUUGUGACGAUUGAUGGGGAGGAAGCCUCCAUCCUUUUU